UAAAUGAAGGGGAGUGAUCUGUGGGGUGAUAUUCUCCAUUGAGUAACCCAAUCAUCUACUUACAAUGUCAGGACGCGGCAAACAAGGAGGCAAGGUUCGGGCUAAGGCCAAGACACGCUCAUCCCGGGCUGGUCUGCAGUUCCCAGUCGGUCGUGUUCACCGUCUGCUCAGGAAGGGUAACUAUGCCGAGCGGGUCGGGGCCGGAGCUCCAGUGUAUCUGGCUGCCGUCCUCGAGUAUCUCACGGCUGAGAUCCUUGAGCUGGCCGGCAACGCCGCCCGCGACAACAAGAAGACCCGCAUCAUCCCCCGUCACCUCCAGCUGGCUGUCCGCAACGACGAGGAGCUCAACAAGCUGCUGGGCGGCGUCACCAUCGCCCAGGGAGGAGUCCUGCCCAACAUCCAGGCCGUGCUGCUGCCCAAGAAGACCGAGAGCCACAAGGCCACCAAAUCCAAGUAAUCCCGAUCGCUUCAUUCCCCUCCCAUUACCCAACAAAACAAAGGCUCUUCUAAGAGCCACCCACCUCUCCAUACAAAGAGCCCGACACAUGUACAUUGUUUUUCUUUUUUCCUAUUCUCAGGUACACAAUUCACUCUAAAAAGCAAACAUGUUGUAUUCUAAACACUUCUCUACAAGUGACUAAUAAAGUAGGAAGAUUCGGACUUAUUAUACCCCCUCCAUAUAAAGACACCCAUACAUUGUUAUCGGGAGAUCUGAUUGUAUGUUCUCUCAUUUCAUGGCAGUUUAUAGAACAAAGUGAUGUCAUUACAGGGAAUGAUCUUCAUUGCUCUCCGUCCUUUAGUUCUGACGGAUGAUUCGAUUUAAUUCCAUACACGCUAAACAAGAAUACUUCCGACUGAGAAGCGACACAGAUCUCCUUCAGAGUCACCAGAAUAAAGAGAUCUAAAGGAAUCUCCAACAACUGUGAUUUGCUCAACGUUCUAAUUCUGUCGUAGAAAUUUAUCUCAGGAAUUCGAUAGACUGUUACAGUCAUCUCAGAUCCACUCAGCCGACCCUUCCGGGAACAUUGAUCAACUUGGUCCCCUUCAUUUCAGUGGAAUUAUUUACCAAGAAUAAGAAAUACGUUGGAAAUAAUCAUUUCCGAAUUGUUUUGGUUUGACAUCAGAAUACAGAAUCCGCCCUGCUAUAGAGAUGAAUGGAAAGUCUACCGAACAAGUGUUUUCCGGGAUGAGAACAGAUCUCGGAAUACAUUUCUAUGGAGUCCUCAUAAAAAGACAGAAUCACUGGCUGAUGGAGGAACCGCCCACAGCUCGGUUUUCAAAUUUGCCCGCCUGAAUUGUGUAGAUCGUUACAGAUAAAUAUUCAUCCCUCUUAUACCGCCAAAACCUACACCGAGGAGAUGAUCGGAUGAGACAUUUACCGGAGAAAUAUGCGCUCUAAUUUGCAUUAGUCCGGAAUGAUUAGGAAAUAAUUCUGUUUGUUACUCAACCAUGAGAAAACACUUCUGUAUGUUCUCAGAAUCCAGGAUCUCAUCACUGCUUCACACAAAAUAUGAAAGAGAAAUGUCUUCUAUUAUAGAUCUCUACUUUUCUAUAUGAUGGAGAAAUUAAGUCAUGAUCACAUACAGAUCUGAUCAUGAAAUGUCACUGACUGAUAUUUAUUUGUCGCUUUCAGACAUUUAUCAGUGAAAGAUUGUCCUCAUAUCCCAACCAGAAUAUGUAUAACAAUAAAUACAUAGUAACCAUGACACCGAUAAAUAUGUACAAUGAAUGCAUACAAAAGGAUAUCUAUAUAGAUAGAUAUCGAGCCCUUUCCAACUAUAUCAAGCGCUUAUGAAUUGGUAAAAUCCGAUAUAUCUUAAGUGAGUAAUAAUCAAUAUUAAUGACCAUUAGGUUAAAAAGCAGCUUCUCUAUAAACCUACCAAAUUCUUAAACGUGUAAUAAAACACACAAAAAUGCAGCGCUAAAAGUAUCAAACAAUAUUAAAUAAUGUGCGUUGACGGAACCAAUAUCUUAAGUGUAUCUUUGGUUCCAUCAAUGCACACUUGCUAUUUGAUAUAGGCUGAUGCUGUUUUAUUAUAUUUAAUGAAUAAAGUAAAUAUUUCACGUCUGAACUAAAGAAUCAGAUCAAUUCCCACUUUGUAACACGCACUCUGCCAGAGGUUUAUAAGGUUCUGAGAAUGUGAAAUACUAGUAUGCUGUGGUAUCCCCGUAUAUAUGUUUCUUUUUCAGAGUAAUAUAUAUAUAUAUAUAUUCGGUGUAAUCUCUAAAAAAAAAAACUAGAAAGCCAUUGAGAAGGAAGAAUAGAUUUGUCUUCUCUAGAAAAAUUUCUGUUGCCUUAAUAUUUUUCAGAACAGCAGAAUGUUUAGCAGCGUUACACAUGGGGAAAAAAAAAA